AUGCGGGAGUUGGUGAUACUCAUCGUAGUUGCCCUCACCAGCAUCAGAGCAGCGUCGAUCAAUCAUGACAUGGUGAAGCCAUUCGCACAGCCCGAACCUAUCACCAUCGCCGAAAAAGCUGCCGUCAAGUUCAAGCCUUCACUUGCAGUAAAGUCUGGAUGCCACCCAUACCCUAUCGUGAACGCCGCCGGCGAUACGAGUACCGGCUUGGAAGGAACGGGACCUCCUGACGGUGGAUGUGAAGGUCCAGAGUUGGGGUCGCAGGUGUACAGUCGAUCGACAUGGUGCGAGGACAAGUGGGCCAUCAUGUACGCGUGGUAUUUCCCUAAAGACAUACAGAAUAGAGGCCUCGUCAAGACGGGUGUUCGGCACGAUUGGGUGAACUUGGUUGUGUGGCUCGACAAUCCAGCUCUAGUUAAGCCGGCAAUGUUAGCAACUUCGGCGUCUACGUAUGGUAAUCUGUACGUCAUCAGUAAGCCACCCAAGACAUCAGACGUCAUCAAUGGCACCACGCCGAAGCUGCGGUACGAUGAGGACGGCUAUGAAGCGUGGCACACUGUUUUUCAGUUCCACGAGGAAGGAGAAUACCAGGAUCUCAUCCAGUGGAACCAACUGACGGAUGCGGCCCGCGAGGCCUUGACAAACACCGACUUUGGUGUUUUUGGCCAUGUGCCUUUCAUUGACGCGUUCUUUGAAACCAACCUCAAGGAAGCAUCGACGUACAACUUGUACAACAGACGUCAUCGACAUGGCGGUGCAUCAAUCUGGGAAUAG